UUUUAAACUGAACGCGUGUUUCGGCAGCUGUUGCUUGUUUACAUUUUAUAAAUUCAAUUAAACUACAAGUUUUUCGUUAAUCUAACCUUCUGCAAUGUCCGCAAAGGCAACGAUAGAGUUGGCACUAGACCGGGUGGACUGGCGAGACCUGGGCGCCCACCCCGAGAACCUGCCGCGAGUCUACACGCCCGGUGAGGUGCUGAUGCCGGAAGCGGGUUUCAUGCGCGGCCACGGCACCUUCGUGGAGGAUGAGGACAUCAAGGCAUCGGUGGCCGGAGUGGUCGAGAAGGUCAACAAGCUGAUUUCAGUGCGUCCGCUCAAGAGUCGCUAUGUGGGCGAGAUCGGGGAUGUGGUGGUGGCCCGCGUCAUUGAAGUCCAACAGAAGCGAUGGCGCGUGGAUACCAAUUCCCGACUGGAUUCCAUGCUCCUGCUGUCGUCGGUGAAUCUACCAGGUGGCGAGCUGAGGCGGAGAUCGGCCGAGGACGAGCAGAUGAUGAGACGAUACCUGGACGAAGGAGAUCUCAUCUCGGCGGAAGUGCAGAACAUCUUCGAGGAAGGUACUCUCUCCCUCUAUACACGCAGUUUGAAAUACGGCAAACUGUCGCAGGGCAUUCUGGUCAAAGUCUUCCCCGCCCUCGUUAAGCGCCGCAAGAUGCAUUUCCACAGUCUGCCCUGCGGCGCCUCUGUGAUCCUUGGCAACAAUGGUUAUAUCUGGAUAGCGCCCACUAAGCCAUCAGAGCAGGAGGGCGGCGAGGGAGGAUUCGCGCAGAACCUGAACGAGCACUUGCCGCGGAGUGAACGGGAAGUGAUUGCCCGGCUGAGAAACUCCAUCCUGGCACUGGCCAAAUGCAAGUUGAUGCUCUACGACACCAGCAUUCAGUAUGCGUACGAGGAGUCCCUAAAGUACGAGACCCACGAGCUGCUCCAGCAGAAUGUCAUCUAUUAUAUUGGCGAACAGACGCAGGCGCGGUUAAGAGUCUCUGACGAAUAGUGUUUCAAAUUUAUAAAUAAAUUUUUAAGGCAAGUUAAAGCAGUACCAGCGGCA